GGGACCAAUCGUGCACAUUAGACUUUGUACUUCGUUCGAAAUGCACGUGCAGUAGAGAAAAGCGGUUCCAGUGUAUUCCGGAGUUAGUGUGCUGCCUCGUGAAAAGAGACGAGCAUCGUUUCAGGCCGACUUCUUGAGAGGUGUGUGUGCGUGUUACUGUGGGAUCGGAACGUGCCGGGUUGAGUCGGGAGGCGUGUGAAAAUUCGAAAAGAAUUGUUAGAGGGAGAUGACACUGGGCGCACAAAUCGAGGUCUCAGCAGAAAACGGGAACAUGAAAAUCUCAUUGCUGAACGGCGACGGGGAUCAAACGGCUACUGGUUAGUACACGAUCUGAAGGAAAACAUAGAGGAAACAGGAAGCGCUAGUAUGUUCACAAAAGCUGUGGUCGAAAAAGGCGAAGUUGAGGCCACAAAAGAGGAAGGAAAUGAAAAGGAAAGGGAAAAGGAGAAAGAAAAGGAAAAAGAAAAAGAAAAAGAAAAAGAAAAAGAGAAGGAGAAAGAGAAAGAGCAGGAAAAUGAAAAUGACAAAAAAAGCAACAAGAGUGAGAAAACAACAGACGGUGACAAAGAUAAGGAUGCAGGAAAUGAACAGGAAGUUGUUUUCAUUCAGGACAUGGGAUUUACCGUCAAAAUUGUUAGUCCAGGAGCAGAGCCCUUUGAUAUUCAAGUUUCUAGUAUGGAAUUGGUUCAGGAAAUUCAUCAACUGCUCAUGGACAGGGAAGAUACUUGUCACCGCACCUGCUUCUCCCUUCAACUUGACGGCAACACGUUGGAUAAUUUUGCCGAGUUGAAGAACAUCGAAGGCUUGAAAGAGGGUUCGAUAAUUAAAGUGGUCGAGGAACCAUACACGAUGCGAGAAGCCCGCAUUCAUGUCCGACAUGUUCGAGACUUACUGAAGUCGGUGGAUCCUGCAGAUGCCUACAACGGCGUCGAAUGCAGCAGUUUAUCCUUUCUGAACGUUGUGACUAAUGGUGACAUCCUCGAGAAAAAGAAAAGCAGGGCAGACUCGGUUGAUUGUACUCCGCCAGAUUACAUUAUACCUGGCUGUAAAGACAGGCCUUUAUUACCCCUUCAGCCACAGGCCAAGGAACAAAAAUGUCCUCCAUGUUUAAAGGUUUUAACGACAUCCGGAUGGAAUCCUCCACCAGGUCACAGAAAGCUUCACGGUGACUUAUUAUACUUACACGUGGUGACACUAGAAGAUAAGCAGUAUUACUUGACUGCCUGUGCAAGGGGAUUCUUUGUUAAUCAGUCAACAAAAGAAAUGUUUAAUCCUAAACCAGCGACCCCAAGCCAUCUGUGUCACAGCUUAAUUGAGCUACUGAACCAACUCAGCCCAGCAUUUAAACGAGGUUUCGCCUCUAUGCAAAGGAAAAGAACGCAAAGGCAUCCCUUUGAAAGAGUCGCCACGCCGUAUCAAUUGUACGCGUGGAGUGCGCCUCAGAUUGAACAUACGAUCGAUGCGAUACGCGCUGAAGACACCUUCUCUUCCAAGUUGGGGUACGAGGAACACAUCCCCGGACAAACCAGGGACUGGAACGAGGAGCUGCAGACAACAAGAGAGUUACCUCGCAAAAACUUACCCGAAAGACUGCUUAGGGAACGUGCUAUUUUUAAGGUUCACAGUGACUUCGUCGCCGCUGCAACUCGCGGAGCAGUAGCCGUGAUAGAUGGCAACGUGAUGGCAAUAAAUCCUGGCGAGGAGGCGAAAAUGCAGAUGUUCAUAUGGAACAACAUUUUCUUCUCCCUUGGAUUCGACGUCAGGGAUCAUUACAAAGAACUGGGCGGCGACGCCGCCGCGUUCGUCGCGCCGCGCAAUGACUUGCAAGGUGUCAGAGUGUACGCAGCGGUUGACUUGCCCGGCCUUUACACGCUCGGUACCGUUGUGAUCGACUACAGAGGAUAUCGUGUCACCGCUCAGUCUAUCAUCCCAGGAAUACUGGAACGCGAGCAAGAGCAGUCGGUAGUUUAUGGUUCUAUAGAUUUUGGGAAAACGGUGCUCACGCAUCCUAAGUACCUCGAGUUGUUAAAUAAAGCUGGUCACCAAUUAAAAAUUCUUCCCCAUAAAGUUAUCAACGACGCCGGAGAAGAAGUCGAGCUUUGUAGUAGCGUAGAAUGCAAAGGUAUCGUCGGGAAUGACUCCCGACAUUACGUACUCGACUUGUUAAGAACAUUCCCUCCGGAUGUGAAUUUCCUGAAAUUGGAAGAUGUAGAGCUGAGCAAAGAAGCCAGAGCACUGGGUUUUCCAAUCGAACACAAGCACAGAUUGGCCUGUCUGCGUCAGGAAUUGAUUGACUCUUUCGUUGAGGCCAGAUACGUUCAAUUUAUUAAACACGCCGCCGUUCAUCUUCAACAACUCACGUCUGCCAGGAGAGUGCAAAAAGAAAAGGAACCCAACUCGAAGGAUGACAAGAAGGAAGAAUCGAACGCCAUUACAGUGGACAGUAAUAAAGAGGACACGGCUCAGUCGCUCAUAGAAGCAGACGAAGCAAAAAAAAUUGUAGAAAGUAUUACCGAAAGUAUCACCGGAGGAGAGAAGCAAGAAUUGGAAGAAAGCACGAAGGAGAUAGUACGCAGAGCAGCAGCAGCAGUUGGUAGUUUACGAGAGGCCGAGUUCGAUGUCAGGUUUAAUCCGGACGUGUUUUCUCCGGGUGUGAAGCAUCCGGAUCCAACUGGUCUCGCUUUGAAGAAACAGAAACAGUUGGUGCAGGACGCCGCUGACUUUUUAUUGACCGUGCAAAUCCCUACGUUUAUUCGGGAAUGGUUGGAUCACACGGCUGCAGCAAUGGACGGCAGUACAUUGGUGGAGGCCUUACACGGCAGAGGCAUUAACGUACGUUAUCUUGGGAAACUGGCUGCCAUGUUAGCUGCAGUUCCACAGUUGCAGUACCUUAACCGUAUCGCCGUUUCGGAGCUUCUUUUACGUUCUGCCAAACACAUUUUUACAUUUUACAUGCAGGGUACAGAAUUAAUGAGUCUUUCCGCCUCCAUUAGCCAUUUCUUAAAUUGCUUAUUGUCCUCUGCACAAAUCAUCCACCCGCAACAAAAUCUCGAAGAGCUUCAGAGUAAAACUGCAAAGCGACGCAAUAAAAGGAAAGGUAGAAAUAACGGUCCCCAACAGUCUGAAGUGGAAUGGGCUUCCUUGACACCUAAAUCUCUCUGGCAGCAAAUUAAAGCCGACCUAAAGAGCUACUACGACUGGGAAACACCUUGUCCGGAUUCGCUAGACACCACGAUAGAUCAUUUUCAUCUUCAGAAAAUAUCUCUGCUCCGUGGCUUUUGUAUAAAGACUGGUAUACAAAUAUUGUUGCGCGAAUACAACUUCGAGAAUAAAAACAGAGCCACGUUUUUUGAGGAAGACAUACUUAAUAUAUUCCCUGUCGUGAAGCAUAUCAACCCUAGGGCCAGCGAUGCGUACAAUUUCUAUACAACGGGUCAGAGUAAGAUACAACAGGGUUACUUGAAAGACGGCUACGAAUUGAUCAGCGAAGCACUGAAUCUUUUGAAUAACGUUUAUGGUGCUAUGCAUCCGGAAAUCGCACAGUGUCUCAGAAUGCUCGCUCGAUUGAACUACAUAAUGGGUGAUCACGGAGAAGCUCUUGCUACUCAGCAGAAAGCGGUGCUGAUGUCGGAAAGAGUUAACGGAAUUGAUCAUCCGUAUACCAUUACCGAAUACAUUCAUCUCGCACUGUACUCUUUCGCGAAUGGUCAAGUUUCUGUCUCGUUGAGGUUAUUGUACAGAGCACGGUACCUAGCUUUAUUAGUCUGCGGUGAAGAUCACCCAGAAGUGGCGUUACUCGAUAGCAAUAUCUCAUUGAUACUUCAUGCUGUUGGAGAAUACGAGCUGUCCCUUCGCUUCUUGGAACAUGCGUUGGCCCUGAACCUCCGGUAUCAUGGUCCGCGGUCCUUGAAGGUUGCCGUCUCUUAUCACCUAGUCGCGAGAACUCAGUCUUGCAUGGGCGACUUCCGUGCUGCUUUGAACAACGAAAAGGAGACUUAUGCUAUAUAUAAACAGCAAUUGGGCGAGGAUCACGAGAAAACCAAAGAAAGCAGUGACUGCUUGAGACACUUGACGCAGCAGGCGGUCGUCUUGCAGAAGAAGAUGAACGAGAUAUACACAGGGAAAUCGGGUGUCAGUCUGCCGCCGAUACAAGUGCAGCCACCCAGUAUGGGCUCGGUGCUCGACAUGCUGAACGUGAUCAACGGCAUUCUGUUCGUUCAGAUCAGCCAGCAGGAUAUCGAGAACUUCAAGGCGGAGAUAGAGAAGAGACAGAAGGAGCAAACCCCGGAUGGAGAAGUGAAAGUCAUUCAAAACGAGAACAAGAAGAAUGAGAAGGAGAACAAGAAAGAGGAGAAGGAUAACAAUAAGAAGGAAGAGAAGGAGAACAAGAAGAACGAGAAGGAGAGCAAGAAGGAAGACAAGGAGAAUAAAAAGGAGGAGAAGGAAAAUAAGAAACUGGAGAAGAAGAUUGAAGUUCAGCAGAUCGAGUCGAAGAAGCUGGAGGAGAAUAACACUACAUUAGAACCAGUAGUCGCAGAGAGCUGAACUCGUUUUAACGCGCUAAUGAUGAUACUUAGUAGUUUUUUCUCAGAGUCCUAGUCUUUCCCUGCCCGCGUCCGGUCUUCUUAAGAGUAACGCGAGUACGGUAUGCAAAAUUGAUUGGGAUGUAAUAGCAGUGUUUGCUUGAUAAAGCGCCGAGUAUUGUUCAGUGUACCGUACACACUUGCAACGCGUUAUUUAAAAGCGCGUUCACGUUUACGGUGCAACGGUGUUGAUGGUAUUACACGAAGUCCUGCGGGAACAAUUUUUACCUGGACACACACACAUGCAAUUCCCAAUUUCACGCCAAGCCGCAGAAUUUCUUUGACUGAUGAUUUACGACUGCAUAGAAAGAAAACUGGUUUUUCACUUGUGUAAAUAAUUCGAAACGAAACAAAACGGGAUUCGUCGCUGUAGUGUACAAUGCUUAUCGCCGCAACGACUCACGGUUCGGUUGGAUCACAAAUUUCAAAUGAAUUAUCAUGAGUCAAUGGUACCACUGUUUUUUGUUUUCUCCUAAGGGCUCAAUUAAUCGUACUAUGUGACGGCAAAGCCUUCAUCGGCAUUAUUCACACGUCACACCUCUAUUAAACGACAAAAUAAAUGAUUAGCGUCAGUUUCAGCGUACUACACAAGUGUUGCUAAAUUCAAGCGAAACGCGAGGUACCGAGAAAAAUCAAACGGUACAACGAUUUCUGUAAAACAAGUAAUGGACGUUUAUUAUUGUAGAAUAUAAGUCAAUCGUUUUUUUUUCUUUUUUUUUGUACGUUUUCGAUAGUCUAUUUUAUUAGUACAUAUUUGAGAUCACUGUUUCGUGCCAUUUAGACGUCACUGUCAUUUUUCCAUUUUAUCGAUUGCCAUCGAUGUGAGCUCUAUGAGCUCGGUGCACGAAUUAAAACGCAUGAGAACAUGUAACGUUGUUUUAACCUGUACUAACACAUGGUCGAACUUGUUGAGUUCAGCACAAAUACAUGAAUACAUAUCUUUGAUAAAUUUUCAUCAGUUGGAGCUUUCUUACAACGGUUACGAAACGAUUCUAAACGCAUGAGAGACCAGUAAGAAAUACAAGUGUCUGUAUUGUAUUCAACAAGGAUAGCUCUAUUGUUUUGUUUUUAUCUCACCACAUGUAUCGCAUCAAAAGAGGUUUCUUUCACUCGAUCAUCAUUGAGGAUCUGAAAGAAAUUAUUGAAUUUUAGUGGUUUCUUUCUUCAUGGUUAGUAUUAAAAGAAAAAUAUAUACGUUGUGAAGAAACGAUUGGUGGCAGCAGAAAUAUGGUACAAUGACAGAUGAAUACAUUGUUACAUUCAUGAUCGUUGAUAAGAGUUAUCGAAAACAGCGCAUUAGUCAUGUUAUUAUAAAGGUAGCGUCAAUUUACUAUUACCUACUAGAGGUACCACAGUUAGUGCUAGAGUUGUAAGAAUGAAAAUCAACUGUUUUCUCAAAUGCUGAUUUAUCAUUUUCUUUUUUCUUUUUUUUUCGUUUCUCAAUCAUGUUAAUAGCGUCCGUUAAGAAAAUGGAUGCGACGAAUAAUGACCUACGUUGAAAUUUUUGUUAGACUCAAAAUUACAUUCAAUUAGGAAGAAAAAAACCAAUGAACUGUUGGACAUGUUUCAAAGGAACACUGCUUUGCGUUUUACUUAUCAGUUACGUUUUUACUGAUAGUGAAAGACGAAAGGAGUGGACAUUGCUGAGUACUUUCUGUUUAACAACCAUUCGUAUACUUUACAAGGUGGAACAUUAUAUAACAAAUGUUAGUCAAAAUGUAUGAUAAAAAUGUUAGUUGAUAAGGACUAUUGAUUAUAAAUAAAGUUAAAUACUUGAUUUACA